UCCGUCGAAGUGUGCAAGCCGAUUCAACGCAUCCGUAGGGAAGACGCGAAAUAAUGUUGGCUUACAUCAACGCGAGAUCACAGCCAUGCGUGGAAGCAGCAUACCAUUCGCCGUCGUCCUACUGGUCCUCAUAGCAGGAAGCUGCCGUGCUCAGGAAGAACCUGCAGCAGCAGCGCCACCGCCGCCAGAGGUCGUUGACGAACAAGUGACGGAGCGGGACUGUAGCGCCUGGGAGCUGGCCGAGUGUGUGCCUAAAAACGGUAUCUGUGGUAGGGGCAAGCAAAUAUCGACACGAGAGGGUGCCGACUGUGCCUUCACUGAAAGACUACAGAAAUGCAUGGUGCCGUGUGAGGGCGAAAACGCUCAUCUUGGCAAACCUCCCAAGUGCAAGUAUGAGAAGAGCGAGUGGAGCGAGUGUAGUGCCCUGACCAACGAGAUGGAGAGGAUUCUGACACUAAAGAAAGGCGACCCAACACUGUGCGACGAGGUAGCGGGUGCAAAAGCAGCGUGUGAUGCAGUCGCUGGCGGCAUCGCCAAGGAUACGCGGGAAGCAGGCGAAUGUGAUGCCGACGAUACUGACUGCCGCUCCGGCGACGACGAACGAUUUGUCGACUACAGUAAGAGAGGACGCGAUGGACACAAGAAGAGAAAAAACAAGAAGGCUAGAAAGCAGGAGAAGGAAGGUGUCACCAGCGAGUGCCGCUACAGCUCAGGCGAGUGGUCGGAGUGCGACCUGCCUACGAACAUGCGCACGAAGACGUUGACGCUGAAGCGUGGUGACAACUGCGAGCCAACGAAAACCAUCGAGAAAAAGUGCAAGCGCGACAAGGCAGCGCGUAAGCACGACAAGCCCGAGAAAGCAUGCAAGCACGCCUACGACAAGGGGGAGUGGAGCGCGUGCGACCCGGCGACGGGUGUGAAAACACGCGUCGACACCGUCAGUGACGAGUAUGAAUAUCGGUGCCCCGCUCUGAAAGAGAAAUCCAAGGUGUGCGAUAAGGACAAAGGCCAGCGAUGUGAGUACACAGGUGGAGAGUGGUCGGAAUGCACUGUCGACCAGACGCGAACUCUUGUGAUGACGAAGUCUGCUGGCCCUGAAACGUGCGCGCCAACGAAGAUGAAGAUAAAGAACUGUCUAGACAAGCAAGGACUAGAGCGUUGCCUGUUCGACCAGUGGGGAGAGUGGUCGGAGUGUGUCGAGGGAAGACAGACGAGAUCUCGCAACAUUGUCGCUGGAGGAGAUCGCUGCGGGCACAAGACCAGCAAGCAGCGACCGUGCAAUAUGUGAGAGGCAGUGCUACUUCUGCUGGAGAGUUGCAUACGUAGUGGCCGUGACUGUAGAACUCCUUCCUUGGUAUUACGCAAAUGAAAUAGCCGGAUUAAUGAAAACAAGUUUCGUAUCUCAUCUCUAGCAUUACUCUAAAUUUGGAUGUAGAUGGAAGGAACGAAAGUGGCUGGAACACCUAUUUGUGGAAAUGAAAAAAAA